ACAGGGCCUAAAUGUGAACAAGUCCUUAAUGUCCAAAAAGAAUAAAUUUCAAAAAUUCAUGUCCAAACUUAAUUAAAUGGAUGGAUUAAUUUAAAAAUGCUGACUUAGCUUGUGAAUAAAUUUAACAAUUCGACAAAACUGCGUAAAAUGGGGAGACCUUAGUCUAGCUUACCAUACUCUUAAACAUGUAUUUACCAUAAAACAUUAAUUACCAUAUAAAAUUACCCUGUUUUACCAUAUUAAAUUUAGAAAUUAUUUAAAAUCAUGACCAACCCGCCUUAAAUUAUUAUUCUAUCUAAAAAUAUUUAUUCCUUUCCUUUAUUAACUCAAUAAAUAAUAAAUUAAAAUAAAAUCCGCCCCUUCUUUUUUGUCCUUAUUUGCACCUUCCCUUUUCACACUUCACAGCUCUAUAAAUUACUCAUCAUCUUCUCCAUCCUCCAUCCUCCAUCCUCCAUCCCCUACUUUCUCUCUCUCUCUCUUCAACUUUCUCUCUCUAAUUAACUCUCUCUUAAUUACAAUUAAACUCUUAUUAGCAGAGAUAAUCAACAAUACAACAAUGGAGGACAUUGAUUCUUUCUGGAGUUUUCCUGAGAGUGUUGUUGAGUUAAAACAGAAGCUUGAAUACAAGACAUAUGAGUUAGAAAUGACAAAAAAUGAGACAAAUGAAGAGAUAAGGAAGAGCAAUGAGCAAAUCAAGAAAUUGCUUCAGCUUUUACAAACAGCUUACAAAGAAAGAGAUGAAGCCAAAUUUCAAUUACAAAAAGUCCAACAAAUCAUGGCAUUUAACAAACCAAACAACAAUAACAAUGCUAUUGAUCAUUUUAUUCCAACUACAAAUUCCUCUGCCUUUUUGGCUCCUCCUUUCUCCCCUGAUAGCCCUCUAUUGUUAGCCAAUUUCGCCGUGACGAAAGCAAACUCAACCAUAACUGAUUCAAGCAGUUUUUCCUUAGAAACUCACACUACCAACAAUCACAACAAUUUUAGCCAUCCUCACUCUCUUGUUUCAUCUCCAGCUGCUUCGUCUCCGGACUCGAGUAACAAUGUUUUUAGUACUCCUCCUACUCUUUCUCCUAAACCUACUCCCAAAAAAAUUGACCAAGAAUCAUUGAUCAUUGCAAAUUUAGCCAAGGGGAAAGCGCUCCCACCAAAGGGGAAGCUCUUACAGGCCGUGCUCGAGUCAGGACCACUUCUUUCGACAUUGAUGGUAGCCGGUUCACUUCCCCAAUGGCGGAACCCCCCAGGUGUAUUGACUCAUCAUAUACCUCCUGUUAACCUUAAAGGGUGUGGGGUAGUGAUAAAUCAAUCUCCGGGAGGUUCUAAAUUUUGCCCGUCUCAACCACCACAAGCAUCUAAUGUAUCGCCGCAAAUUAUAAUGCCUAAUAAUGUUACAAAUAGUUAUGUCGUCAAAGGGGUGGGUAAUUCAGAGUUGUACAAUAAUUCUAGUGGGUCAUUUGGUAUUUGUACAAGUCCAAUGUUGGAUUUUGGGAGUGGAUCAUCUGGGUCUUGUUUGAUUGGUAGUAGAAUGAUGAUUAAUCCUAACGUUGGAUUUAAUUGUCAGAUUCCUAAGAGGCAGAGAAUAAUUUGAAAAUAAUUUUUGACUCUUUUUCUUUUUUCCAAUAUUUAUUUUAUUAUUAUAAUUAUUAUGUAUAUUUUGGCUGAACUGCUUUUUUGUAAAUAAAUGAUGAAUUGUUGCUUAAUGACUUAA